UCUGUAAGACUAAGUAAUUAACAGAGAAACCGACACAGUGCUACCUUAAUAUCACACAUGUACCUUUCCUGUAAUCUCUAACCUAAACUCAGAACCAAACACUAUUUUCUUCCCUGCCGCUGCUACAGCUGUGCCUUUCCGCCCACCGCCGCCUCCCACGCCGCCGUCAGAGCUUCGCCUUCCCCACCGAUGCUCGUGCUGCACCUUCAACCCCGCUGCUAGUGCCGCUGCUAUCUGUUUCUGCCGUCUCAGCUGCUGCUUCGUGCUGUGCUCCUCCGUUUGCUGCAAUCUUUUAGAAGCAACAAAGAAAAGAUAGAAGGCGGCAAUGUUAUUCUUCUCGAAAGCUCAUUUGCUUUGAAAGAGCAGCAACAAAGAAAAUAUAGAAGGCGGCAAUGUCAUUCUUACGGGGAUUUUCACGGAUUUCUAGAAAGAACACUCACUGGUUUCUUUCUCGCAGAUUAAAUCACCCUUCCCCUCUAUUUAAUUAUAGUCUCCACUCUCUUGUAGAUUCCUCUCAAAAGAUUUUAAAUCACAGAGAAACUUCUUCCUGGAGUUCACUGGCUUUUAAACAGCAAAUUCAUCAUCAGAGCAGCUCAUUGGUCGAGGAACAACUUGAUCCGUUUUCACUGGUUGCUGAUGAACUAUCAGUUCUUGCAAAUAGGUUGCGGUCAAUGGUAGUUGCUGAGGUUCCCAAGCUUGCCUUAGCUGCUGAGUACUUCUUUAAGAUGGGAGUAGAAGGAAAGAGGUUCCGUCCCACUGUUUUGUUGCUUAUGGCAACAGCUUUGAAUGUGCAUAUACCUGAAUCAACACCAACUAAAGCUGGAGAUGUUGUGGAAACACAGCUACGUACAAGACAACAGCGUAUUGCUGAAAUUACUGAAAUGAUCCAUGUAGCAAGUCUUCUCCAUGAUGACGUGUUGGAUGAUGCAGACACAAGACGGGGUAUUAGUUCGCUAAAUUUUGCUAUGGGCAAUAAGGUAGCGGUACUAGCUGGAGAUUUUUUGCUUUCACGAGCUUGUGUGACUCUUGCUUCGUUGAAAAAUACCGAGGUGGUUUCACUCUUAGCAACAGUUGUAGAGCAUCUUGUAACGGGUGAAACCAUGCAGAUGACUAGUACAUCUGACCAACUUUGCAGUAUGGAGUAUUAUAUGGAGAAGACAUACUACAAAACAGCCUCUUUAAUUUCAAACAGCUGCAAGGCAAUUGCCCUUCUUGCCGGGCAAACAGCAGACGUUGCUAUAUUGGCCUUUGAGUAUGGCAAAAAUCUGGGUUUGGCAUUUCAAUUGAUAGAUGACGUCCUUGAUUUCACAGGCACAUCUGCUUCCCUCGGAAAGGGUUCAUUAUCUGACAUUCGUCAUGGCAUCGUGACAGCUCCAAUAUUGUUUGCAAUGGAGGAGUUCCCCCAGUUGCGCUCACUUGUCGAACAGGGCUUUGACAAACCUGGAAAUGUUGAGAUUGCCUUAGAGUAUCUGGGCAAGAGUCGGGGAAUACAAAGGACGAGAGAAUUAGCUGCAAAGCAUGCUAACCUCGCUGCAGAGGCUAUCGAUUCGCUCCCAGAAACUGAAGAUGAACAAGUAAGAAUAUCAAGGAGGGCAUUAGUUGAUCUCACUCAAAGAGUAAUCACAAGAAAUAAGUAGCCCAACACUUUCCAUACCAACGAUACUGCAAUAGGAUUUUGCAUUUAUUAUUCAUUUCCUUGCCAAGAAAAUAAAAACAUUUGUAAAUUUUGAUUUUCUUAGUCAAACACGAAAACAUUGUAUUUGUACUCCACGCCAACUUCGUGUUUUAACGAGUGUUCUCGUCCCAUAAAGAUCAGAUAAAUUUUCUA